CCGAGCUGCGCUCAACAGUGUCAGGAGUUGGUCUGCAAGUUCACAGAAAUCAAGUCAGCCUAAUCUGUCCAAAAGGAGAGCUGUGACUCCACAAUCAGGAAGACAUGGUCCCACAGAAAAUAUCCGCUUUCCUAGUUUUCUACGCCUUGGUUGUGUGUCAGAUGUACUAUUCACAUGCGGUCCCCAUCAGCCGACCUGGGCUCGAGUCCAUGACAGACCACAUCCUACUCAGCGACUACGAAGCCAGACGUUUACUCAACGCUUUAGUAAAAGAGUUUUUGCAGAUGACCACAGAAGAAAUGGAGGAAACUUCUGAUGGAAACAGCAGUGCCACACCACAGAAGAGAGCCUGCAACACCGCCACUUGUGUCACUCACCGCCUGGCUGACUUCCUCAGCCGGUCGGGUGGUAUGGGGAACAGCAAUUUUGUGCCGACCAACGUGGGAUCCAAAGCCUUUGGCAGGCGAAGGAGAAGCCUUCAGAUGUAAAACGGAGAGCGAGGCCCAAGAACAGGAUAUUCAGAACCCCACCAAGGCUGCAUCACCUUUAAUUUGAGAAAACGACACUCAUCUCUUCCUUCCUUCAAGAACAACUGCGUACUGCGACACCGGACAUGACUCUUAUUAUACUCUCUGAACUUUUAGAAAAGAAAUGUUUGGCUUCGUCCUGUAAUGUACAGUGGAUUGCAACUACAGCCUGACUAAUAAACAUCAAUCCAGUUUUUUUAUAUGCAAAUCUCUUUCAAAUAAAUGCAGAUAAAUAGCAAGACACCUUAUAUGUAUCCUUUGGCAUAAAGUACACAUACUAAUUCAUAUCUGUAUCGAAUCUCGGGGAUUUCAUGAAAACGUUGUCAAUGAAGGCGCCCGCGUAACUGGCUGGCUGUGUGGUGUGCCUUGAUGUAGAAACGCUCGACAUGAGACGAUUUGUACGGUCUGGAAUGUUUAAGAAAGGGAAGACUCCACUAUUGUAACAGUUGUGAAUUUCAAUCAGCAAUAUUAAAAUGUAUUUUAGAUACA